AUGUGCGGCUGUAUGCACAGUACCCAGGACCAAGCACUCCACUUGGAAGGGGAGCCCAAUCCUUCUGCAGCCGCAACAUCUACUUUAGCACCUACGACAAUGCCCAGAAGCAUUUCAAUAUCCAAACAACUGGCUUCAAUAAAAGCUCUACGCAAGGGUUCAGAUCUGGAAAAAGCCAUCGCCACUACCGCUACGAUUUUCAGAAACUUUUCUGACCCUGAUGGUAAACUUGGGAAAGCUACUGCCAAAAAUCUACUGCAAACCCAAUUUAGGAAUUUCACAGAGGGACAAGAAACCAAACCAAGAUACAAAGACCUCCUUUCUGAACUCGACGAACAUACAAAAAGUAAGCUGGAUUUUGAGGAUUUCAUGAUCUUACUGUUAAGUAUCACUGUCAUGUCAGAUUUGCUACAAAAUAUAUGGAGUGUAAAAAUUAUGCAAUAG